ACGAUUCUCACUUCCUCGAGUCGAUUUCUUUCUUUUCAAUGAUCAUGGCUGCACUCAAGUAGAUAGAGCCAGCCAUGUUUGCUAAUAAUGAAACCCAAAGGUUAGCGAGUAGCUGUUUAUUAUUUGCAUCGUUUUUACCAACAUAAACGACAUAUUUAGUCAAUCAAGAAGAUUCAAUAUAUUGCUGUCUUUGGAUAUCGAGGAUUAUAAGAUGGAGGCGAAUAAUCAUUUUAACUUUGGCAGCCAUCCAGCUGUUCCGACAAACUCAGGGUCUAAGCCUUCCUCAGGAGAUUCUCACUAUUCUAACGGGUCCUCCAUAAGCCUCCCACAGCCUGGGAAAAAUAUGAAGAGUGAGGUGAAUGUUAAUGGCAUCACUACUGUAAAGGGACCCAGCCAGCCCCACCCCCUUCCUUCCACACCGUACACUGUGAUUGGUCAUCGCCGCCACCACAGCGAACUGGAAUACGAUUAUCUGUGGGGCCAGCAGCAGUACAGUCCGCCAAUGGGCAUCGACCCCGGAGCCACCCUGCAGCAGCAGGAACACAGAAAAUCUGAGCCAAACGGUGGGCUGGCGGCCUCCUGCCCACCUAACGUUACUGUGGGGAAGGGCGGGUACUGGAACCAGGGUAUCCCUGGCCAGCAGCAUGGCACUUCCCCUAACCUCUUGGAGUACAGCUCACACAGGGCCUUCCAGAGUCAUCCUCAGCUCAGCGAAGCACCCCAAAAGGGCCACGACAACCUACAGUCACAGCAGCAUCAUCUGAAACACAAACACCCCCCAUCACAACAGCUAGCAUCCAAGCAAAACCAACAGCAACCAUCCCAACAAAAUCAACAGCAACCAUUUCAACAUCAUCAACAGCAACCAUCUCAACAACACCAACAGCAAACAUCCCAGCAACACCAACAGCAAGUAUCCCAACAACAACACCAGCACCAACCAUCCCUACAGCAACAACACCAAACAUCACAAUGGCAACAUCAACAUCAGCCAUCCCAACAACAACACCACCAAUCAUCACCUCAGCAACAACACCAGCACCAACCAUCCAAGCAACACCAGCAGCAGCAUCCUUAUGGGAUGAUGUUCAGUGGGAUCUCCUGCUUCCACCAGCUGGCGCCUCACCACUCGCACCCUCCGGCUCAGGUGAUGCCCCCAUUUUCAGAGAGCUGCGCCCCCCAAAGCAGUGGCCCUCGACAACACAACCUGGGCCAGAGAGGGUCUGCCAGCCACCUGUCCGUGCAGAGCUCACCUGCUGCUCUGGAGAACAGCACUCCCCAGGACAACAGUGAUACAGCGACGCUUGCAUUCAACCACAGUAAUGGGCACAUGAAUGAGGGGGGCAAUGAGGCGGACAGCCGUUCCGGUGACAGCGAGCAGUUUUCUGUCACCCAGCGGCUCCCCAAGAAUGAAGGGCUUCCUAUUCCUCAACCCACCUCUCUCUGCCACUCGCAAGUUCGGCACACCUUUGUGGACAAUGGCGGAGGCCCCACGAGCCAGUGGCAGCUGUCGAGGGACCCGCCAUGUGCUUUUCCUUCACCCGCUGAAAUGGGAUCUAGGCGCAAUGCUCCAAAUCAGCAGGGAUCUGCUGCGGAGUCAGACUCUUCCUUAGCAAUGGUAGGGCCUUCCCUUACACCUGGUGGUCAACAGGAGGUGUCCAACAUGAACAUGGGCAGGGAGGUGGAAGCCAGCACCCCCCUGUUCCACUCUGGGGUCGCAGGUCUGGCGGAAACCCAAAAUGGUCCUAUGGUAUCCUCAGGGAACAAAACCCCAGAGCACCCUCCCUGCAUCCCCCAAAACAGCAGGUACCCAGACCACUCCCUUGGGAGCCUCUUCAAGAACCAGGAAACUGCAAACGGAAUCUUCACUGCCAAAGAUUCUGACGAAAGUGCUUCACACCUGGAGGAGACCCUUAGUGAAGAUUCUAAGUUGGAGGAGCUGGAGGAAGAGGAUGUACAGGAUACCCCAGGCUUGGUUGAGAGCGCAGCAGUGGGGGUUUGGAUGGAGGAAAGGCAGAAGGUUCCGUGUGACUCUCCAGCCUCCAGCGCUGGAGCCUGUGCAGAGGAAGACCGUGCCUUCCAGGCCCCUAAUAGUCAUGAUUCACUGUGUGAAAAGGAGAGGAAAGAUGACACAGAGGAUGGGUCUGAAUCUCUGGACCCCUCUGAAGAUGAAACUUCUGCUCCCAGCCUGUCUGCUGCCCCGCCCACAUCUUCACCCGCGUCCUCUCCCUCCAACUGCCAAGACCCAUUCUGCUCCCACCCUUACCCCCCCUCCCCCUCCCCGCUGCCCGCCAGACCCAAGGCCAAGAGGGCAAAGAAAGCACCAAAAAUACCCAAAAUGGAGGAGAAAAUUGAAGACCACUAUAGUGAAGAGGAAGAGGUGUCCAUCUCCAAUGGCCCAAGGAGGAGGAUAGCCACUGAGGAACAAGUGAAUUUCCCACUGCAGCAUGGGUGGAGACGGGAAGUCCGGGUGCGCAGGUGUAUGAAUCGGCUGAAGGGAGAGACCUGGUACUACAGUCCAUGUGGCAGGAGGAUGAAGCAGUUUCCUGAAGUCAUCAAGUAUCUGAAACGGCAGCGAGGUGGCGCCGUCUCCAGGGAGCACUUCAGCUUCAGCCCUCGCAUGCCCGUGGGCGAUUUCUAUGAAGAGCGGGAAACCGCCGAGGGCACGCAGUGGCUCCCCCUAGCCGACGAGGAGGUGCCCUCCAUAAUCAUGGCCAUCACCGGGAGGCGUGGCCGCCCCCCGAACCCUGACAGGGAGAGGUCCCGGCCCCGGCCCCGCGCCCGCCGCACCCUGGGCGGCCCCGGCAGACGCCCGGGGAGGCCCCACGGCGCCAGAAUGAUGGAUCUGCUGAGGAAGGUGGACGCCAGGCUGCUGCAGAAGCUCGAGGAUCGCGAAAUUCUCAGUGAAGAAGAGAAGGAGAAACUGAAGAAAAUCAGGAGGAAAAUGAAUAGCAAGACCGGGAACAAAAGAAAGGAAACAAAAAUUUGGAAAAUGCGGCAGGAGAGAAGGAGGGUUAAGCUGGUGAAGGCCACAAGCACCGAUCAGGAGUGGGAGGAGCACGGUGCGACCAGUCCUCGGCCCCUGGAGCGGAGGGAGGGGGCAGCUGCGGAGGCAGGCGAGGACACCCCCACCCGGGAGAAGCGGGCGGGCUCGGGGCGGAGCGAUGCGAAGAUGCUGGCCAGGGCGAGGGCGGAGAAGGAGGCCCAGGCUCACGCCGCGGAGGUGGCCAGGAGGCAGGCGGAGCGGAGGGCGCAGGUGCAGAGGCACCUGGAGGAGCGGCGCAGGCAGCAGUUCUUCCUGGAGGAGCUGAAGAAGCCCACGGAGGACAUGUGCCUCGCCGAUCACCAGCCGCUGCCUGAGCUGCCCUGUGUGCCGGGUCUGGUGCUCUCGGGCCGCGCCUUCGCGCACUGCCUCCAGGUGGUGGAGUUCCUGCACAGCUACGGGAAGGUGCUGGCCCUCCAGCUGUCCCACGACGUGCCCAGCCUGGCCACCCUGCAGGAGGGUCUCCUGGGCCUGGAGGGCAGUGAGGGCGAGCUCCUGGAUCUGCUGGUGCAGCUAGUGCAGGCUGCGCUCCAUGACCCGGGCCUGCCCUCCAGCUACCAGUCGGUGAAGAUUCUCGGGGAGAGGUUGGGGGACGUGGAGCUGAACCCCAGCAGCGUGUCAGAGGGGCUGCGGAUCUUUCUGGAGUCGCGUGGUUUCGAGCCGGCCGCGUGCGCCAGCCUGUGCACCAGGCCUUUCCAGGCUCACAGCCCCGACGCUAAAGCCGCCAUGCUGGCCUUCCUGGUGGGGGAGCUCAACGACAGCGGCAUCGUCACCAAGGAAUUAGAUAGCACACUGGAGAAAAUGGCUACCUACAGGAAGAACAAGUGGAUUAUCGAAGGAAAGCUACGCAAGCUGAAGGCAGCACUCGCACAGGAGCCAUGUCUGGAGGGGCAGAGUAGGACCUCCAGGACAGAGGAGACUCUGGAGGAAAGCCUGGAGAGGAGCAGCCACUGCACCGACAAAGAGGAGGCCCAGCUCGGACAGGGUCAGAGUACUUCCUGUGGCAGCGUCCCUGACCUUGAACGGCAGAUCGAUAAGCUGACCAAGCGGCAGGUGUUUUUCCGUAAGAAGCUGCUGCAGGCGUCCCAUUCCCUGCGCGCGGGCUUCCUGGGAGAGGACCGGUACCGGCGCCGGUACUGGGCCCUGCCGCGCGUCGGCGCCAUCCUGGUGGAGGGGUCCGAGGAGAUCUUAGGUUGCCAGGGAGACGUGUUUGUGUCCGACGAAGCUGUUCCAGAUCUUGCUCCCGUUAAGAAGGAACCCAAACCUGAGCCUCAGCCGACCCCGGCCCCACCCCCGCCUCCAGUCCCUCCCCCCGCGGAGGCGGACCCUCUGCCUGGCAUCGCAUCCCUCAUGUCCCGCCCCAGUGGGCGGGGCCGGCCGCGAAAAAUCAAACCCGAGGUGGAGCUGCAUCUGAGGACCGCCAAGAGCCGCCGCCAUCGCCGUAGCAGCAAGGCGGGCCGGGAGGAGGAGGGGGGCGGGGCUUACCCCCAGCACGGGAACGGUGUGAAGGAGGAGGCGGAGAGUCUGCUUCCCAAAACCCCCGCCCUACCCUCCAGUGACUCCCCCCUGUCCCCUGCUGCUCCUGAUUGUCAUGCCACUUCACUUUUCCCGUUCAACCAGCUGUGCUCCCCUCAGGUGUGCUCCACCCCCCUCCCAAGACCGGGCAGGAGGAGGGGGGGCGGUGCCGUCGGCCCCCACGGCACCCCCAGGCGCCGUGGCCGCCCCCCCUCCUCGCUCCUGCGGCAGGUGGAGCAGCAGUACCUCUCUCAGCUGGACGCCAGGCCCAUUCCCACAGGGAUGGCACGCGGCUGGUGGUGGGUGAGGGGCCCCGAGGAGCUGGCGGCCCUGCUGAAGGCCCUGCACCCGCGGGGCAUCAGAGAGAAGGCCCUGCACAAACACCUGAGCAAGCACGGCGAGUACCUGGCUGAGCUCUGCGCCCGGGCGCCCUGCGAUCCCAUGUUCCAGGAGGAAACUGCGACGGGCAGGGUGUCGCAGGCCCUGGCCGAGGCGUGGGAUGGGGAGCACAGGACCAUGGAGGCAGACCUCGGCGUGCUGCAGUGGGUGGAGGACCUGGAGAAGAGGGUCCUGGCGGCCCAACUGCAUGCAAAGGACUGGGCCUUGCCGGAGCCGGACUCCACGCGGGAGGACCUGCGGUACCACGAGCACGCGCUGGACCUGCAGGACGACUGGGUGUUGAAGCCCAGGAGGGAGCGGUGCGCGCUCCCGCGGCUGCCCUCCAACCCCCUGGACCUGGCCGUGCUGCGGCUGGGCCGGCUGGAGCGCUGCAUCCAGCGCCGCUGCCUGAGGGAGCCGCUCUGGAGCCUGGGGGAGGUGGUGCGGCUCGCCCCCCUCGAACCGCCCGCUGGGGAGGCCGUCCCGGAGGACUUGGAGAGUGUUGAGAGUGAGAUCACCCUGCGUUUGCGGGCGUGGCGCCAAGCCCUGGAUCGCUGUAGCAGCUCCGCCCAGCUCUCCCUGUGUUUAAUGCAGUUGGAACAUGCCAUUGCCUGGGAAACGGUGAGUCCCGCCCACUCCCUCUCCCUUGCAUUCCUGCCCCCGCCCUCACCCUCUCACCUCCACAUCUCACUCACCCAAUCCACCCCCCCCCCCCCGCCUUUCUGUCCCCAGGCUAAUGGUGAGCAACGUCAUCCUGCAAAGCAGAAGUCCUGGGCACGCAAGAGGUACCCGGGGGGGCAUGAGCCGGGCAGCUCGGACGAGGAGAACCCCCCCAGGAGGGGAGGCGCGGGCGGAGGUGGGCCGCGCAGGGACGACGCGGGAUUCUCCUCCUCCCCUUAUUCCCGUUUCUCAGGGGACAGCUGCUCUCCCGCCAAACGCCGUCGCGUGACCACCCGCAACCAACCGGACCUCACCUACUGCGAGAUCAUCCUGAUGGAGAUGGAGGCCCACGGUGAUGCCUGGCCUUUCCUGGAGCCCGUCAACCCCCGGCUGGUCCCCGGUUACCGCCGGGUCAUCAAGAACCCCAUGGACUUCCUCACCAUGCGAGAGCGGCUACUGCAGGGAGAGUAUCGCAGCUGUGAGGAGUUUGCAGCCGACGCUCGGCUGGUCUUCGACAACUGCGAGCUCUUCAACGAGGACACGUCGGAGGUGGGCGUGGCCGGCCACUCCAUGAGGCGCUUCUUCGAGAGCCGCUGGGCCGAGUUCUACCAGGACAAAGGCCAGUAGCAGGGCCCCCUGGACCCAGGGCUGAGGGCCUGGUCCCCCCCGGGGGAUGGCCUCUUGUGGAACCUCUGGAUCUCUCAUCUCCCACCAUUUUGCGGAUGUUCCUCAUUACCAUCAGAUCUGCUACUGGAGCCCAACCGCAUCUUUAUAAAUUCCAGUCUAACCAUGCUAAAUCAGGGAUUAUAUUCAGGGUUAUGUAUUUUUCUGUGAUUUGGUCGCACUGCUGAUGAAUCCACGGCACUGAACAGUAGCAAUGUUCGAAACCAAAAAGUGAGCUCAGCUUCAGUCAGAAAAUGGCUGCCUGUCAUACUGGGUCCACGUCAGUGCCUUCUACUGAAAAUACAAUGCUGUGGUCUUAAAGGCUAGAAGCAUUUUGUGUGUGUGUAUGCGUGCGUGUGCAUACCAACAUAUUGUACAUUGACUGGCUGAGAUUUCUAGUAGCAAUGGGUCAUAAUGAACAUGCACAUAUCAAAUAAUAGGGAUUCUUUAAAUGUCUGGUGGAACAGAAAUUAUUUGCUAAUUUUCAGUGAGUCAGACAACUCAAUUCUGUGACAUUGAGAUGCUGCUUUAUCUAGAAUGUUCUCAUUAUCAGCUUGGAAGAGAUUGUUCUCUCUCCGUCUUCUGGGUUGUUUGCAAGAUGGAUGUUGGUGAUCAUACUAGCAGGUAUUUAAUUCCUCUGCUUUUUUCCCCAGUAGCUCCUGUAGGCUCGAGGUCUUGUACCAGUUUGUUUAUAUAUAUUCACAGAAAAUGUUUUCUGUGCUUUAGAGGCAUUUGUUUUUAAAGCUGCUGCUGGGGAUUGGUUGACUGCAUUUGUACACUGACAGUUGGCGUUCCUGUUCAGUCGAUAUUUAGUUUUGAAUGCUUGUUCGCUCAGUGGGCCCCCGGCUGCAUUUCCUGUGAGGUUUAGUAAUAUGCCCGCCCCCCUCGAUUUUAUUAUGUUUCAACACUAACAGGACCUGCUGCUUCGGCAGUGCUUUCCUGAAGUAAAAUAAAUGCCUUUAAUCUGCGGCAUUCAAAUUUAGUUAAUUUCCAUUUCAAAAGCUGGCGGUCCCUGGCACAGGCUCACAGUUUCGCCGCUGCUGUUGGCUGAGGUGACGGUGCGUCGGUGCGAGGCUAUCUGUUGGACAGUACCCGUAAUGGCCAGCAGGGGGGAGGGGGGGGGCACGCAGGCAGUGUGGGGACCUGAGGGCUGCUGCCUGAGCGUGCGGAGAGCCGUAGCGUGGCUCAGAAGAGCUCCUCUGGGUCCCUUAGCGUUUCCUUCGUUUCGCUCUGCUCUGUAGUAACAGACGAAGGUGGCUUCUGCUUGUCCUCAUUCAGAUCUGUGCUGUUUAUUUUUUUUAUUCCAUGUAUUUUUUUUUUGUUCUUUCCCCCAGAAUACACUGCAAACCUGCACUGGUUUAUCAAGGUUUGUGGAAGAACCUGAAAGGAAAGACAUAGCUCUGCAGUUUACUGACUGUUUAAACGUCUGUUCUUACACUGGUUAAAAAAAUACUGAUGUGUUGUUUGUAACUCUAAAGCAGGGCUUUCCAAUCCUAUCGGAGAAGGCCGGUGUGUGUGCUGGUGUUUUUUGUUUAACCUAGCACUACAACACCUGAUUCAACUAAUUAACCAAUCAUGGCAUUCAAUCAAGACCCCUAGUAGAACCAGGUGUGUUGGUGCUGGGAUAUAGCUAAAGCCCACACACCCACGCCGGCCCUUUUUGGAUAAGGUUGGGCACCCCUGCUCUAAAGGGACAAUUUUUUUAUGAAAACCAAAAUGUGGUCUUUUGGUGAUUUUAAUAAUGUACUAUUUUAUCAUUAGAUGCAUUCCAUUCUAUUUUUUUAGGACCAGUAUCAUUUUUAUGAGGUAUUAAAAACAUGUUAUAUUGAGUUGCUGGAUGCCCCAUCUGGUUAAGGCACUGUUCUUAUUCUAGUUCAUGGAUGGGCCCCACCGUCUGGGAUCAAAUCCAGACCCUGGCAGUGUGAACUGUGGCUAGUAGCCAUGCGGGGUAGCUCAUCAUUGGCGUUAGAGGUGCCCUUUGUGAGGGAGGGUUCAGUUGGUAUGCAUCUCAUUGUUCUCUACUGACCCCUGCUGGUUGAUUGGGUGCCUGCAGGUGAAGUGUGUUCAUCUGACUCGUACCUGCAUAAACCCGACUGCUCGUCUGCACUCUCCCUGCUCGAUAGCGGAGGACCCAAUAAUGAGCGCUCGUUUAUGGUGGGCCUUUCCAAAUUUGGGGGAAAAACAUAGACGAAUGUGAUAUAACACCUCUGCAUUUGUAGAACAUUGUAUCGAUGGAACUCUUGUGCAUCUGCGAGUGUUAUACGAUUGUGAGGUAACAUCUGUGCUUUUGCGGAACGUUAUACCAAUGUUGCGUAACACCUGUGCAUUUGUAGAACGUAUUACGGAUGUACAUGUGCAUUUGUAGAACACGUAUGGAUGUAACACCUGUGCAUUUGUAGAACAUGUAUGGAUGUAACACCUGUGCAUUUGUAGAACAUGUAUGGAUGUAACACCUGUGCAUUUGUAGAAUGUACUGUGAGGAAAAUAAAGUGUGUCUAGUUA